GGGGAGGAAAGACUUACAGAGUACCUCUCUCGACCCAGUGCGUCGCGCGAUUUCACGGUGAAAGGACCGACGAGGCCAUCGAACGAAAGGAAGAGGCAUUAGAAAUUUCUACGGCAGGUCAUUUCUCAUUGUUACGAUCGUAUCGUCGUCGCUGUCGCUCCGAAAACUUCCGAGAGAUCAAACGCCGUGAUCUUGAACACCCCCGAUCGACCCCGGGUUUCGGCAUGGCUCCGGCAAUCAAGUUCCUUAUCCUCGUCUGCGCUCUGCUUGCCACCACGAUGGCGGCUGAAUCGGACAACAGUGAUGGACAGCAAACCGGCAGAUCGCGGGUUUCCGAUGAACAACUGAAUAUAGCACUGAGCGACAAGCGUUACUUGACCAGACAGCUUAAGUGCGCCCUGGGAGAAGCGCCGUGUGACCCUGUCGGACGACGUCUGAAAAGUUUAGUGCCGUUGGUUCUGAGAGGCUCCUGUCCGCAAUGCAGCCAGGAGGAGACACGUCAGAUCAAGAAGGUCCUUUCUCACAUUCAACGAUCUUACCCGAAGGAGUGGACCAGGAUAGUGCAACAAUAUUCCGGAGUUUGAUAAACGAAAUAUUAUAUAAGUCGAUUACGACGAGGCUGAGUAUACAAAAGUACAGUAAACGAAAAGAUAUGUAUAAUGGCUAUUUACAUCUAUGAGGGAAGAAACAAUUGAUCAUACAUUCGUCUAUUCGACGAUAUUAUUGUUAAGCAUCGAAAAAAGUACAGCUCAGCUGAAAGAGAUAUUUAAAUAUUACCGCAUAUAUAGAUACGUAUAUCAGAUAAUAAUUUGUUGAAUGUAAAAUAUGAAUAAAAUAUGUAUUAAAAAAUGA